GCUAAAAAUAGCCAAGACGAAAUAUUUUUGAGGUCCAUGAACGAAUCCCAACUGAACCAAAUCUAUCUGAGAGGAUAUUUACACAAUAACAUAAAUAAUAUAACAGAUGGGCUUUUCAAGGCAACGAAAGGAAAUUAUGGAUUUUUUGCCACUGGUCAUGUUGCAAGAAAGCAAUUUUGGAAGAUCAGCGGAUAUAAGUGCAAAUAUGAAAUAAUGGAAAUCCCGAUUCAUUCUACGAUAAAUACUGUUGCAUUUCCUAUGUCACUCACCUCACCCUAUAGGAAAGCAAUUAACCUGGGACUCAUUAAAAUGACUGAAAGUGGUGUCCACGACUAUAUAACAUCACUAAUAUCACCAGCUUUACCAAAAUGCGACCAGCAGACUCUUUAUCAGAGCGCAAGAUUGAAUGAUCUCAUUACAUCUUUUGGAUUGCUUGGACUAGGAAUUCUUGCAGCAGUAACUGCUGUUUCACUUGAGUGCUUUUGGAAAAAAAGAAAGUUGGUACUCGAUAAACUAAAAGGGAAAACAAUGAUUGAUCAUAACUUUGAAUUUGUACACUGAAUUAUUAUGCAUAAUCUAAUCAGACAUUCAACACUAGGCCUGGAAUAGGAUAACAACGGGGAACUGAGCCAAAAUUUUGGCAGCUGCUUCAGUUAUGUUACGUAGUACAGGGUACAGGGUGAUCUAUUAUAA